CGCUCUGUUGACGGUAGAAGACUGAAAGAUGGCCGCGCGCUGGAGCAGCGAGAAUGUGGUGGUGGAGUUUCGAGAUGCUCAGGCCACCGCUAUGUCAGUGGACUGCCUGGGUUCUCACGCUGUACUUUCCGGGCGGCGCUUCCUGUACAUGGUGAACCUGGAGGCUCCGUCCGAGCAGCCGAGGAAGAUCGGGCGUCAGAGUAAGUGGGACGUGGGGACGGUUCAGUGGAAACCUCAUCGAGACGAGGCGCACGUCUUCGCCGCCUCCAGUAACCAGCGCGUGGAUCUGUACUCGUGGAAGGACGGCUGUGGAGAGAUUCACUCCUCCCUGCAGGGCCACACCCGGGUCAUCAGUGAUCUGGACUGGUCCUGGUUUGAACCGGAGCUUCUCGUCACCAGUUCAGUCGACACGUACAUCUACAUCUGGGACACCAGAGACACGAGGAAACCCACGGUGGCGCUGUCAGCUGUCGCGGGGGCGUCUCAGGUGAAAUGGAACAAGAAGAACCAGAACCUGCUGGGGUCGAGUCACGAUGGAGACGUUCGGAUCUGGGAUAGAAGAAAGCCCAGCACGGCAGUAGAGUACGUGGCGGCUCACCUCUCAAAGAUCCACGGCCUCGACUGGCAUCCCGACAACGAGUUCGUGUUCGCCACGUCGAGCCAGGACAACUCCGUGAGGUUCUGGGAUUACCGACAGCCCAGGAAGUACCUGAACAUCCUCUCCUGCCAAGUGCCUGUGUGGAAAGCUCGGUACACGCCCUUCUCUAACGGUCUGGUCACAGUGAUGGUUCCUCAGCUGAGGAGAGAGAACAGUUUGCUGCUCUGGUCGUCGCUCGACCUCAACAGCCCGGUCCACGCCUUCGUGGGACACGACGACGUGGUGCUGGAGUUCCAGUGGAGGCCGCAGAAAGAAGGCUCGAAGGACUACCAGCUGGUGACCUGGUCCAGAGAUCAGACUCUGAGGAUCUGGAGGGUCGACCCUCAGCUGCAGAAGCUGUGUGUCAGUGACGUGGGGGAGGAGCUGAUGGAGGGGAUGUCUCUCACCGUGGAGUCGGAGAAGUCUCUUUCCUCUCAGGAGCCGGACAGUCAGUACAGCGUCGGCCUCGCUGCAGAUAACCUGACGGAUCAGGACGGCGCUCUGAUCUCCGCGGUGGGUUCAGGCGUCCCUCAGACUUUACAGCAGGAGUUCUCUCUGGUCAACCUGCAGAUCAGGAACGUCAACGUGGAGAUGGACGCGGUGAAUCGCAGCUGCAUGGUGUCGGCGCACUGCGGCAGCCAUCAGGUCCACCUGGUGGUCAAGUUUCCCGCUCAAUAUCCCAACAACGCCGCGCCCAGCUUCCUGUUCGUCCCCCCCACCACCAUCCCCUCCGCCAUGAAGACCAAGAUCCAGAAGAUUCUAACGGACACCUCUCUGCAGAAAGUGAAGAGGAACCAGAACUGUCUGGAGCCGUGUGUCCGACAACUGGUGUCCUGCCUGGAGUCAGACAUGACGCAGGAAGACGGUCCUUCCUCUGGACCUUUUGUCCUCUCAAACCCCGUCACCCCCGCCAUGCAGGCGUUCCCUCGGGUCACCAACACCUACGGGUCCUACCAGGACGCCAACAUCCCGUUCCCUCGGACCUCCGGCGCUCGGUUCUGCGGCACCGGCUGCCUGGUGUACUUCACCCGACCAAUCACCAUGCACCGCUCGGUCCCGCCCACUGAGCCCACCCCAAGGUCUCUGUCAGCGCUGUCGGCCUAUCACAGCGGAGUGUUGACUCCCAUGAAGAUGCGUUCAGAGUCUCAGAGCACGCUGCGGUUAUACAGCGGCAGCCCCACGCGCUCCGACAAAGACACGGUGUCCAUCUCCUCCUUCUACUACAAAGAGCGGAAAUCCCGUCGCUUUAAGACAAAGAGAGAGGGGAUGGAUUACGGUCAGCGUCCCAUCAAGCUGGCGGGGAAAGUGAUCAUCCAGGAGAUCUCCUGCCUGCUGCCCGUCCACAAAGCCCUGGGAGAGAGCUACAUUCUGAACAUGAACGACAUCCAGGAAACGUGUCAGAAGAACGCCGCGGCGUCGCUCACCGUCGGGCGCAGAGACGUGGCCAAGGUUUGGGCCCUGGCGUCUGCGGCCACCAGCCAGGACCUGAGUCCGGACUCGGACCCGGACACGGAGACGCCGUGGGCCAGACACCCGUUUGGGCGCCACCUGCUGGAGACUCUUCUGGAUCACUACAGCCACAUGAGUGACGUCCAGACUCUGGCCAUGCUGUGCAGUGUGUUCAGAGCUCAGCCCCCCGCAGACAUUUACUCUCUGUACGGACAUCACCUCUCUCGAUCCUCCGUCUUCCCCCCUCACCACUCUCGAUAUCCCAGCAUCACGUCCAGCUCCGUCAACUCGGGCUCCUGCUCCAGCACCUCCGACUCCGUCGCUGCGGGCACCUGGAGCACAGGUAGAGACUGUGAGCAGGUCAACCCGUGGGCCGAGUCCUCGCCGGACGACCACCGCUGUGGCCCCCAGGGGCCGAGCGACCCCCGGGAACGAGAGCGAGAGCAGCACGACAUGAACAAGAGACUGCUGGACCCGACCAACACGCUGCAGUUCGACGACUUCAAGAAGAGUUACGGAGAAAUCCUUCACCGCUGGGGUCUGAGGGAGAAGAGAGCCGACGUCCUCAAGUUCGCCUCCUGCCCUCCUGAACCCCACAAAGGCAUCGAAUUCGGUGUGUAUUGCUGUCACUGCCGCAGUCAGGCUCGUGGGACUCAGUGCGCUGUCUGUAAACGCCUCACCUUCCAGUGCGCCAUCUGCCACGUCGCCGUCCGCGGAUCCUCAAACUUCUGCCUGAGCUGCGGACAUGGAGGACACACGAGUCACAUGAUGGACUGGUUCAGGCGGCAGGACGAGUGUCCGGCCGGCUGCGGCUGCCACUGCCUGCUGCAGAGCACCUUCUGACAGCACAGGGACGCCCCGGGACAGAAACAAACACACCUCCAGCUGCAGAGAGGAACCUUCUGACAGCACAGGGACGCCCCGGGACAGAAACAAACACACCUCCAGCUGCAGAGAGGAACCUUCUGACAGCACAGGGACGCCCCGGGACAGAAACAAACACACCUCCAGCUGCAGAGAGGAACCUUCUGACAGCACAGGGACGCCCCGGGACAGAAACAAACACACCUCCAGCUGCAGAGAGGAACCUUCUGACAGCACAGGGACGCCCCGGGACAGAAACAAACACACCUCCAGCUGCAGAGAGGAACCUUCUG